AAUGCCGGGUCCUCUUCCGUUCAUUGAGACGUUUCUCACAUGCGCGUGCGUUUAACGGCUCAGAGAGAAAGAAACACGUACUUUAACACUUUAACACUUUAACACCGUAAACAUUCAGCGGUGACGUUCAUACACAUGUACAACACAUAUACAGUAUACGAUGAAACUUGCACUUUGAUGAACUUGGUCUUUUAGCGUAAGGGCAGCUAAUGUUAGCUUAGCAUAAGAAAGCGUUGGCCAGUGCAAUGGACGCUGUAGACUUUGUAAACAAUCCUCUGAAAACGGUCAGGUUUGGAGGAAGUGUCGCAGAAACCUUGACUAAAUACAAGCGGGGAGACAUAAGUGAUUAUGAACUGCUGAAGCAUCAGCUGGCUGAUCCUGAGAUAAAGGAUGCUCAGAUCAUCAGCUGGCUGCAGGAGUUUCGCAGUUGUAUGACUCAGCUAACCAAAGACCACGAGCAGCUCAUCUAUACUGUCUUGAGGCUUCCAUGGGUGGGCCGCAGCCAGGCUGUGGUGGAGGAGUACAUGACCUUCCUCAGUAACCUGGUCUCAGCGCAGACUGUGUAUCUGUGCGCUUGCCUCAAGAUGGUGGUCUCCCAUUUCACUCCCAAGCAAGUGAGCAUCUGUGAAGGAGGAGUGGAGAUCUCUGAUACGGAUGAUGAAGAUGAAAACCUGCCUCGGAACUUUGAUCAGUGUCACCAGGCGUUACAGCUCAUCACCAGAUAUGUUCCAGCCACAAGUCGCUUUCUGAUGCCCAUAGUACAGGACAAGUUCCCGUUCAUAACCAAGUCCUCCAGAACGCUGGAGUGUUACGUCCACAACCUCCUGAGAAUGACCGUGUACAUACCGUCCGUUCGACGAGACGUGCUGGAGGUGAUCAUCGAAAAGAUGCUUAAACUGGAUGUGAGUGCUUCCCGGUCAGACAUCGAUGAGGCAGAGGAGAACGCAGUGCAGAGACUCAGGGCAGAGGAGCAGAGUGAAGAGGGUCUCUUUGACAUGGAUGAAGAUGUGGCUGCAGGUCAGCCCUCCAGCUCGACUGUCACGGCCCAUCCAGUGGCACAGAGGCUGGACACUCUGAUGGCUGUGAUGAUGGCUUACAUCAAAGACGUCUGUCACCACAAUGGCGCUCUUCAUGUGGACAGGACUAAGGAUCUGUACAGAGAUUUGCUGAGUGUGUUUGACAAACUCAUCCUGCCAACACACGCUUCCUGUCACGUGCAGUACACCCUCUUCUACCUCUGCAGCUUCAGAAUGGCUCUGGCAGAGGCCUUCCUGGAUCACCUGUGGAAGAUCCUGCAGAGCCCCUCUCAGCCUGCUGUCCUCCGCCAGGCUGCUGCUGGAUACCUGGGAAGCUUUCUGGCCCGAGCCAAGUUCAUUCCUGUGCUCACUGUGCGAGCCUGUCUGGACCUGCUGCUCUCCUGGAUCCAUCGCUACAUUGACAGCCAGGACAGCGGCGGCAAACAGGCGUUCUGUGACAUCAGCCUGCACGGACCCUUUUAUUCUGCCUGCCAGGCUGCCUUUUACACACUCAUCUUCAGGCACAGAGCCAUGCUGGAGAGCAACAUGAAGAAAGGCCUGGAGUACCUGCAGAGUCUGAACCUGGAGCGUGUGGUCAUGUGUCAGCUGAACCCUCUCAAAGUCUGCCUGCCUUCAGUCACCAGCAUGUUUGCAGCCAUCACCAGGAAGUAUCAGGUGGUGUUCUGCUACACCAUCAUAGAGAGGAACAACCGCCAAAUGCUGUCAGUGGUGCGCAGCUCUGCAGGAGGAGACUGUGUGAGCACCAACACCAACCCUCUGGACAGCUUCUUCCCCUUUGACCCUUACCUUCUCAAGAGGUCUGGUCAGCUGGUUGAGCCACUCUACCAGGUGUGGGAGGAGCUGGCAGACAUGGAGGUGGCUCCUGCUAAGACAGACACACAGCGCUCCAGAGAGGACGAAGACGACUUCCUGUGUGGGGAGACUCCACAGGGCGAUGGCAUUGUGGGAAUGACUCCGAGCUCCUACGACUCCAACCUGCGCAGCCCGAGCAGCGUGGGAUCACCGCCCUUCAUCUUCCAGAAAGCUCUCACGUCUGCCAACAUGGACGUCACACACUGAUGCUGGAUGGUGACUUUACCUCACAGAACACAAACGGAAGAGACGAGAACUCUGGUCAGAUAACGGUCUUGUCAACACAUGUACUCGACGGUUUUUAUUAUUGCAUUUGAAUAUAAAUUGUAAAUAUAAAAGUUAUUUUACAGGAGCCUGUGGCUGACUACACAUUACUUACUGUAUAUAUUCUGAGAAUAAAGUCAUAGAACUGCACCGUCAGUCUGUCAACACGA